ACGACCACCACGACCCUCACGGCGACGAUAACUGCCCCCGAUGGCGCAGUGGGGACAAGGCUACCAAUAUCCCAUGCAGACGGGGUUUAAUCCCCAGCAGCAACAGCAGCAGCAGUUCCAGCCGCUAACAGCGCAGCCCACUGGCUUCCCCGGCCAGCGUCCGGGCUUCCAGCAGCCCCAGCAGACAGGAUUUCCCCAACAAGGCUUCCAGCAGCCUCAGCAACAGGGAUUUCAGCAGCCUCAACAGACUGGAUUCCCAAGUCAGCUGCAACCUCAGCAGACUGGAUUCCCAGGGCAGCUGCAACCUCAGCAGACUGGAUUCCCCGGCGGCGGGUUCCAGCAACGCGCCCCGCCCCCUCCUGUACCCCCCGUCCCUCCCAUUCCUUCGCAAUUUCAACAACAACAACCUCAACAGACCAGUGGCUUUCUCAGCACACAACAACCUAGUCAGUUCUUGAAUACUUCCCCCGGCCUCUCGGCGCUCCAGUCGCAGCCCACCGGAUUUGGGGGGCUGCGUCCCCUUGUUCCGCAAGCCACAGGAUGGGUCGACCCCAGGCUCACUAUGAUGACGAACACGUUCCUUCCCGCGAACACCUCUGCACCGUUCAACGCUGCGGGUCUUCCGCAGUUCCAGCAGCAGCAGAACGGCUUCAACCUCCAGCAAUCGUUCAUGCAGCACAAUCAGGCUCAGCGCGGGAAUGCGACGCCCAAGGUGCCGUGGGCCCUGUCCAAGGCCGAGAAGAAACAGUACGAUCAGAUAUUCAGGGCUUGGGACACUCAAGGCACCGGGUUCAUCAACGGGCAGACUGCGCUGGAGGUCUUCGGGCAGAGCGGGUUGGAUAGGAACGAUCUGGCCAAGAUCUGGGCUCUUGCGGACGUGGAUAAUCGGGGCAAACUCAAUUUGGCUGAGUUCCAUGUAGCGAUGGGCCUCAUCUACCGGAAGUUGAAUGGCAAUGAGAUCCCUGAAGUUCUCCCGCAAGAGCUUGUUCCCCCAUCACACCGCGACCUGGAGUCUUCGGUCGAUGUGCUCAAGGACAUCCUCAAGCACGACACUCGUGCUCGCUCACCUGCUGGCCUUGACCCGGGUCCUACGUCAAAGAUGCGAGAACGAUCGUUCUACAACAACGCAACGGGCGCUGGCGGCCGUCAGGAUGCCACCGUUUACAAGUACAAUGACGAGACGCCAGCUGGUGGCUUCUAUCAGCCUCGCUCGAGGCAUGUCGACCGUUCCGCGAUCAGGACGACGAACGAGAGCGCUAGCCCCUCUGCGGAUCUAGACGACAUGAAGCGCCAGCUGGAGAACACCGCCAAGAUGCUUGAUCGGGUCGCUGACGAGACCGCCGCCAGAACAGCCGAGGACGACGCUCUCGAGCGGGAAAUGUCCGACCUCAAGUAUCGCGUCAAGAGAGUACAGGAGGAUCUCGAGUACGUCUCCCGCGGCCCGCGCUCGGUCUCGAAGGACGACGAGCGCCGGAAGCUUGAGCGUGAACUCUUGGAACUCAUGCAUGAGAAGCUCCCUGACCUCGAGCGGCGGAUCAAGGACCGUGAGGCGCGCAAGGAGCGCGAGAAGCGUGAGUGGGCCCGCGACCGCGACCGCCGCAACGAGAGGUUUGGCCGCUUCGACGACCGUGACAGCUAUUCUUCGCGGUACCGCGACGACCGGGAUCGUGAUUAUGACCGGCCCCGCAGCGCGUAUGGGGACAGGGAUAGAGAGCGGAGCCGUGAACGCGAUAGCUAUCGAGACCGCGACUUUGAUCGUGACUACGACCGCGAUCGACCGUACUCGCGUAACCGUGAGCGCGACCGGGACUACGACCGCCCUCGCAGUCCUGUAGUCCGUGAGCCCGCCCCACCUGCGCCGCCGCCGCCAGCUGCAUCUACCCCUGCUCCACGUGCCCCUCCUCCCGCACCUUCUGCUACUCCAAAGAAGCCCAUGACUGCGGAGGAACGGCAGGCCCUCGUUCAGCAGAAGAUUCGGGAGCGUAUGGCGGCUCUCGGUGUCGUCGCUCCUUCGCCCUCACCCUCGAGCCAGAUCGAUACCAGCGUUGAAGACCGCAUCGAGAAGGAGAGAAGAGAGGCCGAGGAGAAGGCCAAGCAGGCUGAGCGCGAAGCCGAGGAGCGCGAGCGUAUCCGGAGAGAACGCCUCGAGGGCGAGAAGGCACUUAAAGAGGGUAAGAGCCCUACGUCUCCGAGUACCACGUCCGCCCCUCCGAUUCCUGCUGCUGCGACUCCUCAAGUCCCUACUCCCAAGCCUACUCCUCCUCCCGCAACCAAGGCCAAGCCACCUGCCCCUCCACCGCCUCGCAAGGGUCCUGCUCCACGCCCUCCUGCUCCGCGUGCAGCUGCAGCAGCUCCCGCCCCUCCCCCCCCUGCUCCUGCCCCUCCUGCUGUGCCGCCCGCCCCCGCGGCGCCUGUAGUCGAUCCUGAGGAAGAGGCCAUUCGUGCGCGCGAAGAGGCGCUGCGGAAGCAACGCGAGGAGCGUCUUGCUCGUCUCAAGCAGCUUGAGAGAGAGGAGGAAGAGGCGCGUUUAGCCGAGCAGCAGUACGAGGCGCGCAGGCGUAUGCUCGCCGAGCAAUCUCAACAGAGGUCUGUUGCGUCGACUCCCGCUCCUCCACCUCCUGCGGCACCUGCUCCUCCACCCGCGCCCGCUCCUCCGCCCGCGCCUGAGCCUCCCGCAGCGGUGUCUCCGCCUGCCCCCCCUGCGCCUCCCUUUGCGAGCCCUCCUGUGCCGUCCGCGGAUAAGGCGUCGCAUAACCCGUUCAGUCGUAUGAUGAAGGAGGGAGGGCCUACGUCGUCACCUUCCCCUGCUGCAUCAACGAGUGGGAGCACUAAUCCCUUCUUUAAGCCACAAACUGCUGCCGCGCCUGCGGCCCCCCCUGCGCCUCCUGCGCCCUCGAAGAGCCCCGCGCCUCCCGCCGUCAAGACGUCCUAUAACACCGCGCCUGCGGACGAAGACGACGACUGGGACGUCAUCAAGGAGAAGGACGACGACGACAGCAGCGACGAUGAGAUCGAUUCCUCCCGGGAUACCCGCAACAAGCUCGCGCAACAACUGUUCGGCAACAUCCUCCCGCCGUCCCGACCCCAGUCCGCUGCCGCCUCCGGCCCCUCGAAGCACUCGGAGCCAUCGAGUCCUGCCGUCCCCGCCCCACCGCCUCCGCCGCCGUCCGCCCCUCCGAUGACGAACCACGUCCCCGCGGCGCCGCCUGCUCCUCCCGCGCCCGUUGCUCCCCCAGCUCCUCCCGCUCCUGCUGCGCCGCCCGCUCCUCCGGCUCCUGGUACCCCCGCCCUUGCCGUGCCUGCACCUACCGGAGACCGCAGUGCGCUGCUGAACGCGAUCCAAGCAGGCAGGAAGCUCCGGAAGGCGCAAACGGUAGAUAAGAGCGGCCCCCCCGUCUCCGGAAGGGUUCUCGGCGACACCGCUCCCCCUCCCCAUAUCAACCCUGCUGCGCCCGUGGAGUCGACGCCUUCCUACGAGCAACCGCCCCCGGUGCAUGAGCCGUCUCAACCGGAGAACACGAGGAGCAGCAAUAGGGAGUCGGUGGACUGGUACGCGGGCUUGGCGGCGGAGGGCUCGGCAGUGCAACGGUUCCCGUCAGAGACGCUACCUACGACUGUUGAGGAAGAGGAGGAACCGGCUGCACCUGCUGCUGUGGUGCCGCAGAUUCAGAUCGAGGGGUCGGAUGAAGGCGCGCUCGCCGAUGUUGAUUCGAGUGUCGAGUAUCGUGUGCGCACUCUCUAUGCGUAUGAGGCUCAGCGUCCAGAGGAGCUUAGCUUCGGCGAGAACCUCAUCCUGACUGCGCACCCGUCGAAGACCGGUGGAGAUUGGUGGCAUGGCACUGUUGUGCGGGAUGGCAAGAGCGGCUUCUUCCCCAAGACCUAUGUCGAGCAAAUCACGCCAGUGAUUGCUCAUGCUCUCUACGACUACGCCGGCAGCAACGCGGACGAAUUGCCAUUCGCAGAAGGCGACCAGUUGACGAUUGUCGAUAGAUCAGAUGCGGAUUGGUGGAAGGCGGAGCAGGGCGGGAUUGUGUUCAUCGUUCCCGCUGCGUACCUUGCGCUCGCAGACGCACUCGUGCCUACGCCUAUUCCGCAGCGCCUGGAGGCAUCAGACGCAAGGAGUUCCAAAGAGCCUCCCACGGCAACAGACUCUGAGCCUGUUCGUGAGAUCGAGGCCGAUGAUUCUGACAGUGACAACGAGGACAGCGACGAGGACGAUUCAAGUUCUGACUACAUGACUGCAAGCGAAUCAGAGUCGGAUGAGUCUGGUAAGGAGGGCGAGCAGAGCGAAGAGGCUAAGCGUCAGGAACGGGAUGCUCGGGCAGCAGAACGUCAAAGAGUGCUUGAGGCAGCCGGAUUGAUAAUAAAGGAGGAUGAUCGUCGCCCGCCCCCACGGCCAGCACGGGUUAGAAGUCGCCGGAGAAGGCCUGCUCCAGCAAUACCUGAACGGCCCUCCAGAUCUCACUUGUCCCCGACGAAGGACUUGCCUCCCGUGCCCGAGGCGGACUCGCGCAACCCGUCUCUGCGGCUGGACGAUGCGUACGAACGCUAUGAAGCAUACCGGCAGAGCAACCUCGCGAUGAACCGGCUGUCGAUGGCAUCCGUCGAGAGCGGCACGUCGGCCUCGAGCCCAUCUGCUCCGUCUUUCCCGCCGCUCACACCCACAGCGUCCGAGCAAGGGGAGCAGCGUUCCCACUCGUCGUCCUUCUUGCACUUCUUCCGCUCCAAGACACCUGGGAAUGACGAAGCACCUGCGAGACCCGUCAUCUCGGCGCCGAUCUUGCAGAGGGAGCCCUCGCCGUCACCGGAAGGGGAUGCCGCGUUCGGCUCUUCCUGGGCGAGUUUGGUGGACAGGUCGGCGUUGGAGGAGAUUCCCCCUGGAGAACGUCGUCGUCAGGAGGCCAUUUUCGAGCUCAUUGCUACUGAAGCCGCGUAUGUGCGAGACCUUCAGCUGAUUGUUGAACAUUUCUACACCAAUGUCUACUCCAUCCUGGAUGAGAAGGCGAGAACUGUCGUGUUUGCCAACGUUGAGGAUAUUCUCCUUAUGAACACGACCUUCCUGAGCUCUCUGGAAGAGCGACAAAAGGACUGCCGAUUGUACAUUGAUAGAAUAGGGGAUAUCCUUUUAACCAACGUAGCGAAUUUGGGCGUGUACAUGGAGUAUUGCGUCAAUCAGGCCACUGCCAUCAAGGUUCUGCAAUCACUGCGCCAGUCGAAUCAAGAGCUGGCAGCUGCUCUUCAGCGACUACGAGACGAUCCGACCGCGCGGAAUCUCGAUUUGUCUAGUUAUUUACUCGUGCCCAUGCAGAGGAUUACUCGAUAUCCGCUCUUGUUCAAGCAGAUCAUCCAUUAUACCGAACCUGGCGAAGAUCGCAGUCAGGUUGAGCGAGCACAACAAAUGGCAGAAACGGUUCUCGAGCACAUCAACGAGACGAUCCGUGAGCAGGAAGGCAGGGAGCGCCUGCGAGAGCUCUCAAAAGAUCUAUGGGUAGGGCAAGGACGUCUUGACCUCACUGCGCCGACAAGAUAUAUGGGUCAGAGAAAGCUUCUCAAAGAGGGGACUCUAAUGAAGGCGAAGAGCGGACGGAAGCUACGCGCCUUUCUGUGCAACGACAUCUUGGUGCUCACAGAGGAGACCACCAAGUCGCUGUAUCGCAUGCCUUUGUCCCUGGCAGAAGUAGAAGUUCGCGAAGUCUCAGGACUGAUCCGAGAUGAUCUCACCUUCCAGCUGGUUAUGGCAUAUCCACGCGGCGGCAAUACCGUCGCUCUUCGUGCGUCAUCGGCGCGUGACUGUCAAAUCUGGAUGCAGGUCAUCCAGAGUGCUAGCAAGCGGUGUCGCGAAGCACAACGUCGAGCUACAAGGCGGUCUCGAGGUUGAACGAGCUGUAUUAAGGGGUUAUUUCGAGACUGCUAUCCUAGUACCUCCUGCUAUCGAUCUUUGAUUAAUCCUUACGGUACAAACCCAUAGUAUUUCU